AGAAUCAACAGAGAAUAUGAAUUCCAUUUCACCGGAAACUGCAGGUUCGAUUGCUCGUUGCUUUUACUACGGAUCCGGUGAACUUUCCGUGCGAGAAGCGAGUUGAUAUCGAUUUGGUUUGAGUGGGUGUUCUGCCCAAGAUGUCUUUCCCUCCUCAUCUCAACCGGCCACAAAUAGGCAUCCCAACGUUGCCGCCAGGAAUCCCUCCACCACAGUUUGCUGGGUUUCCACCGUCAAUGCCUCCUGGAACCCCAAUGAUUCCUGUCCACAUGGGCAUUAUGGCCCCAGCCCCUGCGGUUCUCGUGCCCACGGUGAUGCCUGUGGUUAGUAAAGUUGCUGCUCCCAGGAAAGAAAGCGCUGCUCAGGCAAAAGACAGCAAUGACAGCAGUGGCCCCACAACCACCGUGUUUGUGGGCAACAUCUCUGAGAAAGCAUCUGACAUGCUCAUCAGACAGCUGCUGGCUAAAUGUGGUUUGGUAUUGAGCUGGAAACGAGUUCAAGGUGCCUCUGGGAAACUCCAAGCGUUUGGUUUCUGUGAGUACAAAGAGCCUGAAUCUACUCUACGAUCUCUACGGCUGCUUCAUGAGCUGCAGCUUGGAGAAAAGAAACUUCUGGUCAAAGUCGAUGCCAAAACCAAAGCACAACUGGAUGAGUGGAAAGCAAAGAAGAAGAGCACCAGUGAAAAUGGAAAUGGCAAGGCAGAGGAUGGUGCUGGUGAAGAGGAAGAGGAGGUUCUGGAUGAAGAAACUAAGAAGCGGGACCAAAUUGUCAAAGGAGCUAUUGACGGCCUGAUCCGGGAGUAUUCAAGUGAUCUUAACGCUCAAUCUCAGGAUGAUGAGUCGAGUCGCCGCAAAAAGAGGAGGGAAAAGAAGGACGAGGUCCACGAGCUGGGACUCGAACUGAGGCGCAACAGAGCUACAUGUCAGCACACUGUCCACAAGGCUAUCGGCGCCAAUGAGGACUUCAGUGCCAUGGAAAUGGAAGAUGAUAAAAGAGAUCUGAUUUCCAGAGAGAUCAACAAAUUCCGUGAUACACACAAGAAAUUGGAAGAGGAAAAGGGGAAGAGAGAGAAGGAGAGGCAGGAGCUGGAGCGGGAUCGCAAGGAGAGAGACAAGGAGCGCGAGAGGGAACGUGAACGACGGGACCGCGAGCGGGAGAAGGACCGAGAGAGGGAGCGCGAGAGAGAGCGGGAGCGCGAGAGGGAGAGAGAAAGAGAUCGAGACCGCGAGCGCACGAAAGAGCGCGAUAGGGAGAGAGACAGAAGCCGUGACCGCAGUGAAGACCACAAUCGAUCCAGGUACAAGAAAAAAACAACAAACAGAGCUAAAGAAGGGAAACGGCUGAAGGAGUUUCUGGAAGAUUAUGAUGACGACAGAGACGACCCAAAAUACUACAGGGGCAGCGCUCUUCAGAAGCGACUGCGGGACCGAGAGAAGGAGAUAGAGCUGGAUGAACGUGACCGGAAGCGGGAGAAGGAAGAGCUGGAGGAGAUCAGGCAGAGGCUGCUAGCAGAAGGACAUCCUGAUCCAGACGCUGAGCUGCGCAGGAUGGAGGAAGAGGCAGAGCGUUUGCGGCAGCCGCCCGUGAAGCCCGAGCCCGAGGAGGAGAGAGAGCACAAGCCCUCUCGAGAAGAGCGCGACCGAGGCCGGGAGAGAGAGCGGCGUAAGUCUCACGUCCCCUCUGACGAUGAUGUAGAGGAAGGGGAGGAGCUAGAGGACGAAGAGGAGGUGAAACCCUGCCUCAAACCCACCAUGCGGCCCAUCGUGGCCGCCCCCUCAGUGUCCUCAGCCAGCGGAAACGCCACGCCCGACACGCCCGGAGAAGACUCGCCCUGCGGCAUCAUCAUCCCUCACGAGAACUCUCCGCCCGAGAUCCCGCUCCAGGAGGAGAACCGGCCCAAGAUCGGCCUCAGCCUCAAACUAGGUUCAGCCGGUAGCCCAGGACAGCCCAGCGUAGCCAAGCGGAAGAAGCUGGCGGUGGAGAGCGUCUUCAACCGCUUUGACGACGACGAAGUGGACGAGGCGCCUCGGAAGAGGAAGCUGGUGCCUUUAGACUACGAGGAUGAGGAGAAGGGAGCAGACGUGAGUGCGGCAGCCGGCGGCAAAGGAGUCAAUACAGAAGAGAAGCGCAAACACAUCAAGAGUCUGAUCGAGAAGAUCCCCACGGCUAAACCAGAGCUCUUUAACUACCCUCUCGACUGGUCCGUCGUCGACACGACCCUUAUGGAGAAGCGUAUUCGACCGUGGAUCAAUAAGAAGAUCGUAGAGUACAUUGGUGAAGAAGAAGCCACAUUAGUUGACUUUGUUUGCACCAAGGUAAUGGCCCACAGCACACCUCAAGGCAUCUUGGAUGACGUUGCGAUGGUGCUGGACGAAGAGGCCGAGGUCUUCAUAGUUAAAAUGUGGAGGUUAUUGAUUUACGAAACCGAAGCCAAGAAGAUCGGCCUGGGGAAAUGAACAAGCACCGAACGCCGAUGAACUUUGCUUUUUACUUCCCGUUUGGGCCGGGAACAGCUCGUCUAGGUUUCAAAACAACUUGGGGAAACUUGACCAUUUCUGACCUUUGGAGUUAACACACACUGAGCCGUUUGAUUUCUCACGUCCCAGACGCCCUUCAGACCGCCAGCGACGAGUGCCGAGAGGAAGAGGUUUGAUUUCUCAGGGCCUUCCUGUUGAAUCCGUCUUCAGCGGAGCUUCGUCUCGGCCGCUUGGCGCUUCUUUCUGAGGAAGCCGUUGUAAAUUGUUACUGUAAUGAUUGCCAAUCUCGUCUGGGUUGUGAUUUUACCGUUUCUCUUCUUUUGGUCGCACUCGCCAACCGAACCAAAGCGUUUUCCCCAGUUGUUUCACUAAAACUAAAGCGACUCCAUUCAGAAGCUCUCGCUAAACUGAUUAACAUCACAACGAUUGAUCGUCUUUGUUUUUGUACUUAUCAGUGGAUGUGUUUUGAAUAAAAGUGAUUCUUUUUUUUUU